AAUGGCGGCCAAUGACGCGCUGCCAGCUGUCCUGGUGGUGAACGACGAUGGGAUCGAGGCUCCGGGAAUCAAGGCGCUCGUGGCGGUGCUCGGCUCGGCUGGCUUCUGCCGCGUCUUCGUCUGCGCGCCCGACGUGGAGAGGUCAGCGUGUGCGCAGUCCAUCACCAUCCGGGAGACGCUCGAGGCGAAUCUGGUGGAGGACUAUGAGGGCGCUGCUGUGGCAUACUCGCUCACAGGCACACCGGCAGACUGUGCGUCAAUGGGGCUUUCUGGCCAGCUCUUCAAGGGCAUCAAGCCCCUCCUGGUCAUCAGCGGCAUCAACAAGGGCGCCAACACAGGCCGCCAAGUCAUCUAUUCCGGCACGGUGGCGGGCGCAAGGGAGGCCGUAAUUCAGGGCGCUCCAGGCAUCUCCAUCUCCCUCGACUGGGCCGCUGCAAGCACUGACGCCCACUUUUCUCCCGCCGCUGCCACGUGUCUGCCUCUCAUUCGCUGCGUUCUCGAGGCAGCAACCUCUGGUCAGCUAUCCAGCAGCGGAGGGGACCCGCUGCUGCUGAACGUGAACGUGCCGCUUGACCCCGUCAAGUCCAAGGGCUUCAAGCUGGCCCAGCAAGGCCAGGCAAGGGUGGCCUUCCCCUGGACGCACAUCGCCAAGAAGCGCACCGGGGUGCAGCUGGCAGGCAUGGGGGGAGCGGCGGCAGGGGGCAGGGGCCUGCCGGGCAUGAUGGGGGGCAGGGGCCUGCCGGGCAUGAUGGGAGGGAGGGGGCUGCCGGGAAUGGUGGGAGGGAGGGGCCUCCCGGGCAUGACUGGGCCUCCUGCGGUUUCUCUGGCUGAAAUCGGAUCGGUUGCCUCUGCUGCUGUGAGUGCUCAUCUCUUUCCUUCUUACGAGGGCGCAGCGCGGUCCAAGACUCCUGGCGAGGAGAGCAAGGAGGAUGGCGGAGAUGAGCCGUGGCAGCCGCUGCAUAAGAUGCACUUCCGGCACGAGCCGAGUGGGUGGGAUGUGCUUGACAAGGACCCCGCUUUUGACUCCGCUGCUCUCGCACUUGGCUAUGUGACACUCACGCCGCUCGCCAUCACUGCUGCCAUCGACAUCCACUCACGGCUCAAGGAGGACCUGGCGUGGCUCGCGCCGCUGCUGCCCCACGAUGCCUAA